AUGGCUAACUCCUUCAGUUGUGCUACAUUACUCAUCUUUUGCACCUUAACCUUUUCUCCUUUCACUUCUGCUUUCACUACCGAACAUUAUUUUAAUGCACUCUCUAAAUCCAUCUUGUUUUUCGAGGGUCAACGAUCCGGCAAGUUACCAAAUAACCAACGUCUCACAUGGAGGGCUGAUUCCGCCUUACGUGAUGGUUAUUCUGCCAAUGUGGACUUGGUUGGAGGUUAUUAUGAUGCAGGGGACAAUGUGAAGUUUGGGCUGCCAAUGGCCUUUACUACUACUAUGCUUGCAUGGAGUGUAAUUGAAUUUGGGGAUUACAUGAAAUCCGAAUUAGUGAAUGCGAAAGAAGCUGUUCGUUGGAGCUCUGACUAUCUUUUGAAGGCAGCCACAACCACCCCUGGCACGUUAUACGUUCAGGUUGGUGAACCUAAUUCCGAUCAUCAUUGCUGGGAGAGGCCUGAAGAUAUGGACACACCACGUAAUGUAUACAAGGUGUCGGCUCAAAACCCUGGAUCUGAUGUGGCUGCCGAGACUGCAGCUGCAUUGGCUUCAGCCUCUAUUGUGUUUCAACGCUCUGAUCCUUCUUAUUCACAUAAACUACUACAAGCAGCCAUGAAGGUUUUUGAGUUGGCAGACAGGUACAGAGGCUCAUACAGCGAUUCACUUGGUUCUGUUGUAUGCCCAUUUUACUGCUCAUACUCGGGAUACAAUGACGAGUUGUUAUGGGCAGCAGCAUGGAUCCAUAGAGCUUCAAAUGACCCGUCAUACAUGUCUUACAUUCAAGUAAACGGUCAUACAGAUGGUUCUGAUGAUGAUGAUUUUUCCUUUAGUUGGGACGAUAAACGAGCUGGGACUAAAGUGCUUCUAGCCAAAGCUUUUCUUGAAAACAAAGUCAACCAAUUUGUACUCUAUAAACAACACUCGGAUAACUAUAUUUGUUCAUUAAUUCCAGGAUCACCAAAUUCACAGGGCCAAUAUACACCGGGUGGUCUGUUAUACAAACAAGGCGAAAGCAAUCUCCAGUAUGUCACAACCUCAUCAUUUCUGUUGCUGACAUAUGCCAAGUACCUUAACUCAAAUGGUGGUCAUACUACUUGUGGAGGCUCAAUGGUGACAUCCGAGGCGCUUAUUGUACAAGCAAAGAAACAGAUUGAUUACAUAUUAGGUGAAAACCCAAUGAGGAUGUCGUAUAUGGUUGGAUUUGGUAACAGAUACCCGACACGCAUCCACCAUAGGGGAUCAUCUGUACCAUCUGUCCGUGACCAUCCUGAACACAUAUCCUGUGAUGCGGGACAUCAGUACUUCAACUCUGGUUCACCAAACCCGAACUUACUUAUUGGAGCUAUUGUGGGAGGUCCAGAUCACAACGAUAACUAUGGGGAUGAUAGGAGCAAUUAUAGUGAAUCAGAGCCAGCUACUUAUAUUAAUGCUCCAUUUGUUGGAGCUGUAGCAUUCUUCUCAGGACCUUGAAUUGAGUUUUGAUGUUUAACCAAUCAAUGGAUGUUUGAGGAUUGAGAGAUGUUAAUAAUGGCACGUAUGAUCCCAUAUCCUUUAUUGGGGAGUUGAGCUUUUUUAUUUGCAAAUGAAUUAAGUUGUUCUUUGGCGAAUUUAGCCAAGCGUGAAAUAGUAUGAUUUUUAUCAUAUCACUAUCAAAUUAGUGUCACAUUAUAUUUCUUUGACAAACAAUACUCUGUAACUUUCUAGUAGUUCUGGAAGUGAAAUUACACAAAA